AUGUUUGCUUUGUGGAUCGCGUUCGUGUGUGCGGCGGCGGUGAGCGCGAAGGGCGCUGUUUAUAACAACGCGUCGCCGGAAAAUGCGUUCAAGGAGUGUCUGGUGUCGCAGUCCUCCGGGAGCCUCGGCUAUUGCAUCGGUUAUGGGGCGCUUGCAAAGCUGCGAUCUUUCGACACCAGUCCGGAGUUCGAUCUGGUCGAUGGAUUGACAUUCACGAGGGACGAGAAGAUGUACCGGGAUGGAUAUAGUGUUGUUAGCGAAAGUGAUCCGGGGAUUUUCGUGCUUGACUCCUGGGGGCAAGUGUUUCAAACGCGCACGAUGAAAUGGGAUAUGGCAUUCGUACAUCCUGGUUUAUCAAUGCGCGUGGCUCCCGGCGCGACGGGUGGAGUCCUUGAAUUUGUCAUGGAUCCACAUAACACGUUCCAGCAGCAUUCGUUGAAGGAGGCUAGCGCAGGACGCAUCUUGGCGCGGCAGUUCCUCGUGCCGCUGCUGUUGGGUUUUAAAUUCAACAUGGCGACGUUGAUUCCGGUGAUCUUCGGACUCAUCGCAUUGAUCGCUAAAAAGGCUCUGGUCCUUAGUAAAAUUGCAUUGGUGAUCAGCAGUGCUUUUAGUCUUAGCUCACUGCUCUUCACGCAGCAUUCUACAGUCAAUCCGUAUGGUUAUCAACCGACGUAUAAUCCUAGUUUUGGUGGACAGUCACAUCAUGCUUAUAGGCUGCCCGAUGAUGAAUACCAAGAGCAUGCGUACAGGUCGAGCGGCAACAUCAAUGCAGCGCAACCAGCAGCUUCUUCGUACGACGAUGACCAAUUAAGGCUUUACGACGCCGAAUUGCAGCAGGCGUUCAGCCGCGAGGAGAAGAAGAAAGACGGGCGGAAUUUCGCGUGGAGUGAAAGCGACAAAAAGAAGAAGAAUUAA